ACAUUAUGUAAAGUUUGAAUUGUACUGCACGAUAUGUACACCAAAGACCCUGCUAGGCUGUGACGAAGAAUUUGUAAACAAACAUCAUGAAGAACUUGUUAUUGUUUUUAUUGAUUGGUUGUUUUCAUGCAGUACACUCAUAUUUUGAUACAGCAACAAGAGCUGGAGAUUUUCUCUCAACAUGUUCAGAAUUAAACAGUUCAGAUACACAGUUCACAUGUUCAGGAACAAUUUGUUCAAAGGAUAUUUCCUUGAAGUUAGAUGUCAGCUCCCUGCAAGAGCUAAGCUGUGAAAAUAUCGAAGACUGUUAUCCUUCAAAUUCAAAUAUGAUCUGUCACAGGGAUAGAUGCACUUGUCCUCCCUUCACAGCAUUCAAUAUUUCAACAUGCAGAUGUGAGAUAACAGAGCUGUGUGUUGGUAACGACGACUUUCCUUGUCAUAGUCAUAAUCUUAGGCAAUCAUUGUAA